CUCCCCCUCUCCCUCAGCGUCCGCCCUCUCAGACCCCGCGGGCUGGGGCCCGGCCGCCUGAGGCCAGGGAAGGGGCCCAGGCAUGCCGGGCGCCGGGAGCCCGAGGCCCGGCCCGAGCCGGCGCGGCCCCGCGGAGGCCGGAAGCCCGCCGUGACCCCGCUGACCCGGGGUGUUCUCGGUUCGUUCCGCACGUCGGGGAAACCGAAAGUGCAGACGAGGCGCUAUCAUGGAUGCACUAGUGGAAGAUGACAUCUGUAUUCUGAACCAUGAAAAGACUCAGAGGAGAGAUACCAUCACUCCCAUGUCAAUCUAUGCAGGAGAUGAGUCCAUGGCUUCCCACUUUGCCCUUGUCACAGCAUAUGAGGACAUCAAAAAGAGACUUAAGGAUUCAGAGAAGGAGAAUUCACUUUUAAAGAAAAGAAUACGAUUUCUAGAAGAAAAGCUUCUUGAAACCCGAUUAGAUGAAGAAACAAGCUCAGUAGGACGAGAACAAGUAAACAAGGCCUAUCAUGCUUAUCGGGAGGUCUGCCUAGACAGAGAUAAUUUGAAAAGCAAAUUGGAUAAAAUGAAUAAAGAUAACUCUGAGUCUUUGAAAGUAUUAAAUGAACAGCUACAGACUAAAGAAGUCGAACUCCUCCAGCUCCGGACUGAGGUUGAGACUCAGCAAGUGAUGAGGAAUCUAAAUCGACCUUCAUCUAACUGGGAGGUAGAAAAGUUGAGCAAUGACCUGAAAAUCCAUGGUUUGGAACAGGAGCUGGAACUGAUGAGAAAGGAAUGUACUAGUCUAAGAACAGAAUUGCAAAAAUCUAAACACAAGGAUCAGUCUCAGGAAGACAAUCUCAAUAACACAGACUUCCAAAAGCCAACCAUUCCAAGUGAUAAUGUGCAACUUGCCUACUGGGAACUCAAGAGAGAAAUGUCUAAUUUACAUCUUGUGACUCAAGUACAAGCUGAAAUACUAAGAAAAUUUAAAACUCCAUCUCCUAUCAAGAAAGGCCAUGUAUUUUCCAAGGCUGAUUUUCUCAAGUGUGAAUGCAGGCUCAAGGGAAGUAUUCCCAUCCACUGAAUGUGCUGCUAGGAGCGGAAGCAGAGCUUGUGCACCAGUCCAGUGUGUUGAAGACCUAGUGAAGGACUGCACAAAACUACAUUUGACGUCUUUAACUGCAACCUACAAAAGACACCCUCCUCUUUCACCAAAUGGCAAAGCCCUCUAUAGCACCAUGGGUUCUCCUCUGUCCGGAGAUACAAAGAUUUUAUUGGAGAGAGCAAGUCUCCAGUCAUGGGCAGAUAACGAGAGAGUCAUCCCUAGUGGUGGUACAAACUUUCAAGAACAGAAUUCCUAUGGCAGAAAUUCUUUAGAAGACAAUUCAUGGGUAUUCCCAAGCCCCCCAAAGUCUAGUGAGACAAGAUUUGGGGAAAGUAAAAGUAAAACACCUUCUCCCAACCUGCAUCACCUGGAUCAGCAUAAUCCAAACUGCCUUUACAAGAACUAAUUCAGAAGAGACUUGUGGUCACCUUGGGAAGAGCUGUCUGGCAUCGGUAGGAUGUGCAAGAAAUACAUGGAAGGAACUGAUUCCAUUGUGGUGUAGUGUUCUGUGACUGUCCUCGAUUUCAAGUACACUUGGAUUUGCACAUACUGUCCUGCAGUUGUGUCGUUAGAUUUGUCUUUUUUUUUUCAGUAUAGACUAAAACAACUGUUCUAACCAGCUCUAUUUUAGCUAAGUAUAGACAUAUGCACUACUUAAUAAAUUACAGGAAUUCUCUUAGUGUUUUUAAAAGACAACUCUACCUUUGAUAACAAUUGCUGUAGAUUUAGGCAUCUCAGGUAAAGAAAAAUGAUAGAAACUAGUUUUUUGGGCUUGAGUUCAGAAAUAUAGACACAGGUUUUGUAAGGUGUCUAAAUCACAAAUAUAUUCACUCUCAAGAAUAAUAGAAAGGUUGAUGGAGUUUUGGCUCAAAUCACAUAAAUUACAAAAACCAAAACAAAUCCUACCUAGGGGAGCAAGCAACUAGUAUUUCAGUUCCCAUUGGUCUUUUUAUGAACACACAUGGAUUGUGGAAAUAUUGGGAUAGAAUAAUUGUUCUAAGGAUAGUCCAUUUUUGUAUGCCAUUUUAGUUCAGAUUUUCAGAAUUAAAAGCUUUUUUGGCCCAAUGGUGCUUACCGUUGUACUAGAAUGGGCACCAUUACUUUUGUGUGAUUUUAAUUCUGUUUACAACCCAGACCGCUCAAUCAUUGGAACUGGCCCCAUUCAGUAGCUCCCUGGAGUAUUCAAUUUAAAUGUCAAGAUUUUAUUUUUAAGUAAUAAAAAAAUGACAAUAAUUGGAAAACUUUUUUGUGUGAAAACUGCAUAUUACUAUUGGGUGAUAGGUAGAGUCAGGUAGAAAAGGUUUUACAAUUUUCAACAUAUCAGUAUGUUAAGAGGUACAUGUGAGUAUUUGGAUAUUUAACUGGCCAAAGGAAUAAAGUGUCCCCAAGUGACCACACUAGCUGCCUUUUCUUGAGUAAAGCAGUUUAAAAUGGCAAUACAUUAACCUUAUGGAGAAAACUUCAGAUUUAGUGAAGGAUCAUUAAUUGCUAAGGAAUUUUUGUGAGGUUGCCAGAGUUUUGCAAGAGCAAACUGAACUGAACAGUUUACAAGUAUGGAAGAAACAGCUGGCCUUCCAGGGAGCUUUAUGGUAACGAUUGUGUAUCUGUUACUUGUAACUGAUGCCAUCCAGACAUUUCCUGGUGUAGAGACCUUUUUGCCUUGGGAUCUUGAAUGUUUCACGUAGCAUUAAUGCCUUUUUUUUCCUUUUCAGUAUUAGGCAGUUUGGUGUAAUUUAAACUCAAAAGAUUUCCUCAAGCCUCCUGCUGUAUUACUGAACAGCAUACAUAAACAAGACCAGAUAUUGUUUGUAUCUUUCUAUUAUCUUACUCACGUAGACUGGCUUGUCUGUGAUUAAUGGAAAUGGUGUCAGAUGCUGGAAUUUAUUCUGACCAAUGAACACAGCUGACUCAAGGGAGUACAAUCUCUUGCAAAGUAAUAGAACAAAUCCAAUAUGCAUAAAACAAAUACAAGUCACUAGGCUUUAGCUGAUAGAACCAACUACCUGUGUAAUAACAAAGUGGCAGAAACUAUUUCUCAUGUGGCUGCAUAGACUGUAUAUUAUGUCUGAUCUCUAAUGUAGCUUUACUAGUGUUGCUUUUCCUUAACCAAAAUCAAGUCUUUUUUUUUUUCUUUUUAAAAGUAGUAAAUUGGGAGACUCUGGCUUGGGUAACAUUCUGAACUAUACAAAGAUGAAAUCAUGAUUUAAAUAAAUUAUUUUUAUUUGAAUAUGA